AUGUCUUCAGGAGUCAAAGUUAGCCAAGAGUGCCUCGAACAAUUCCAGUCUUUGAAGCUAGGCAAGAAGACCAAGUACAUUAUUUAUACUCUGUCACCAGACAACACUGAGAUUGUGGUGUCGAAGACAAGUGAGUCUCCGAACUACGACGACUUCCUUGCCGAGCUUCCACCAGCGGAAUGCCGUUAUGCCAUCUACGACUUCGAGUACCAGAAGGGUGACGAGGGCAAGCGCAACAAAAUUUGCUUUUUCACUUGGUCGCCUGAUGAGUCCAAGGUGAAACAGAAGAUGUUGUACGCUUCAUCGAAGGAUGCUCUCCGUAAAGCAUUGGUCGGCAUCGCCACCGAGAUCCAGGGCACAGACUUGAGUGAAGUUUCGUAUGAAACCGUGCUUGAAAAGGUAUCGCGUUCUACUUUCUAA